UUGGAUUAGUUCAUUCAACAAAUACUUGAAUAAAGCAGAGAUACAACACAACAAGGGUCAGGACGAUGGCACAAGCAAGUGAACUUAAUUUUAAAGGAAAAAAGACUUCAGAAAAAAUAUCCGAAAACAUACAUAUUUUUGCCAAUGACCCCUCCUUGGCUUUCUUUCGGAUUCAGGAACACAUUCGUAAGGUCCUACCUGCAAUUCUAGAGAAACGAACUGAAGUCUUAAGUUUGCAAAGCAGUUUGCAAGGACAUUGCUAUGACAUGGAAUAUGGUGUCCAAGCACUUAAGUCGAUAGAAAAAUCAGAAAAUUCAUUCCACAAUAUCCAAGAAAUGAUAAAGACUUCAAUAUUUCUGAAGCAACAGCUAAAAUAUGAAGAAAGUAAAAAAAGAACAAAAAAGGAUAGCGUGAAAAACUCGGUGUAUAAACGUUUUUCGGCACACCUCGCAUUAGAUCUUCCAGAUUUGCCCGAUUUCAGUGUUGUAAUGCGCGACACGACCCAACGAAUGGAGACAAUAAUUGCACCAGGUCAAGGACGUACAGAAACCACAAACUCUCUAUCUAAUUCGGGGGAACUUCAAAGAUCGCACACCACAUUACAUUAAAAA